AUGCCUCCAAAUCAACCCAACAAUGGCAAUGAAGGCCUUGUCAGCAAGUUGCAAGAAGCCUUGGCCAAGUUUCGAAAGGAUCGUGAUCAAUUGCAUCGCAGCAAGGAAUUGGCAUUGGAACGCUGCCGCUUGAUCAAGGCAGAAGAGGAAGCUCUUCUCAAUACGGUCCAAACCAUGAGAGACAAGCACAAUCAUUUAUUGACUUCAAAGACCAAGAUUGAGACUCAAAUGGGUCCUUUGGAAGCCAAGGUUCAAAAAGAUACUAUCGAAAUGCAAUUCCAGCACAACGAAUUGUUGAAUGCUCGCAACAAGAUUCAGCAGUUGAACAACCAGUUGGAAGAAACUUCCAAAGCCCAACAAGAACGCCUCCAAAAGACUCAACAAUUGGUCUGUGAUUUGCGGACUCAACAAGGAUCUAGCUCGACUGCAUCUGCAGCUUUGGAAGAACCGCUUCCAUUGGACGAUCAAGUUCGUGGAUUGAAAAAGGAAAUGGAUCACAACAUUGAUUUCAUGGAUCUGUUGGCCAAAGCCAUGGACGAAUCCAUUCGUCAAAUGGAAUCCAAAGUACAAUUCUACCGCGUCCAAUCCAGUCGCAUGGAAGAACAGAUGGGUAUUGCUCCCAUGGAAGAUGAUGGAACAAGAGAAGAAGAUCGACAAGAAGAACCCAAUCAGCAGGGCCAACAUCAGUCUGCUUCGUUCGCACCAGUACCUCGCGCUCAAGUUGGAAAUGAAACUGACAUGCAACCAAUGAUUUCAACUCGAGGUACUGCCCAUGCUUGA